UGUUGUUGCUGUAGGUUACAAAGAUAUUACAAACCUGCACACUCUGCACUCUCUCCAUCUCUUUACUGCAUAGUGCAUACAUUCUACUUUCACACCUCUUCCCAUACCCUGCUACUUUCACUUUUCUCAUCUCAGCCUCUAUUUUUCUGUACUUUCUAUCCUGCUUCCAUUCCUCUUUGUCUCUACAAACAUUCAUGGACGAGAACAUUCUGAAAACCUUGGAAAGUGACGAAAGCAGCAUGGACAUGAUGACAAUGAUGAUGCAAAUGGAAAAGUUUCCAGAAUUCCAUGAGCCUUUUUAUAGCAACAACAACAAUCUCAAUCUCAAUCUCAAUAACACCGAAAAUGAAUUCCCUUAUGGAAACUCAAACGUAACUUAUCCUCAACCACCAUUCUCUUAUUCUCAACAAGGACAACCAAUGACACAAUCUCUUCAACAUAACGGAGUUCAUAUGCCAUCAGGAAGAAUCAACAACGCUUCGUUCUCGUCGUACUCCGAUAAGAAGAACUCAAUGGCGGCCAUGAGAGAGAUGAUAUUCCAUAUGGCAGUUAUGCAACCGAUUAAUAUAGACCCAGAAACAAUCAAACCACCAAAGAGAAAGAACGUGAAGAUAUCGAAAGAUCCACAAAGUGUAGCAGCGAGACACAGAAGAGAGAGAAUUAGCGAGAGAAUAAGAAUCUUGCAGAGAUUAGUCCCUGGUGGAACAAAAAUGGACACAGCUUCAAUGUUAGAUGAAGCAAUACAUUAUGUGAAGUUCUUGAAGAAACAAGUUCAAACUUUGGAACAAGUUGGAGCAAAUAGACCUAUGAAUGUUGUUGGAUUCCCAGGAAUGAUUUCUAAUGGAAAUUUGAACUACUCUUCUUUUCUUAGAGGUUGCUCAACUUCAUCACCUUAUCAAAUGGUGGGUCCCACAUCCAAACAAAUGCUUAGGUGAUUUUUCUUGAUAUAUGUCCAAUAUAUAUUGAAAUACUUAUGCAUAUUAUUGUUGGAUAUUGU